AUGGCGUCUUCGUCAGACCAAAAUCCAUUCUUACCGGCUAUGGAGCACCUCCCCUCCGCUCUCAUAGCCACCAUCAUGACCAAGCUCGACAUCCGCUCCAUCCAGUCACUCGCAUCCACGUGUAAGACCUUCCGCUCCUGCGCCGCCCACAUCCUGUCUUUCGUCCCCACCUUCCACCUUUUUGAUAUAGCGCCGUCCAUGGAUUUGUUGAGACCUUUGUUACCUUCAAACCCAUACUUGAGGAGCCUAAAGGUGGAUUGCACACGCCUUGAUGAUUCCUCCCUCGAUUUCCUGAUUCGUCCCUCUUUGCAAGAGCUUUGCCUCUAUAAUUGCGCCGACUGCAGCGGCAAGCUUCUCUCUCUGCUUGGUCGCCAGUGCAAAAACCUUCGGUUUCUGUACUUAAGUUCAGUGGCGGAGAAAAGGGGGAGAUCCAUUGAUGUACUGGAUCUAGAGGAAAUGCUCAGUGGUUGCACUCAUUUGGAAACACUGAUCCUGAUGUUUGACGUGUCAAUAUUUCUGCGUCAUAAUUUUGCUCGUGUUUGGGCUCUGGCCACCGGGAGACUUAUUUCGCUUGAAAUAGGGUAUAUUUCUUCAGUAAUGGUGACUGAAUUGCUUAGCCCUUCUCUGGGACUGCAUCAAUCAUCUUAUCAUGUUCAGCCAUCCAUAUUACCAAAUCUACAAAAAUUAUGCCUUUCAGUGGACUAUAUUACUGACACCAUGGUCAGUACGAUAUCUAAAUGCCUUGUAUGCUUGACCCAUCUGGAUCUUCGUGACUCGCCUAUAAUCGAACCAAGAAUGGCAUUCGAUCUCACCAACUCUGGCCUUCAGCAAAUUAAUAUACAUGGGAAACUGAAACACCUUUCUUUGGUACGAAGUCAGGAGAUUGCCCCUACUUACUUCAAGCGUGUUAAUGAUCUUGGUAUACUCCUCAUGGCUGACAAAUGCUCGGCCAUGGAAAGUAUUUGUCUUGGUGGCUUUUGCCAGGUGACAGAUACAGGUUAUAAAACAAUUUUACAUUCUUGCUCCAAGUUGUGUAAGCUCAGGGUGUUUCAUGGGACUCAUCUGACCGACCUAGUUUUUCAUGACAUUUCUGCGACAUCCCUUUCACUUACUCAUGUUAGCCUAAGAUGGUGUAAUCUUUUAACAAAUUUGGCUGUUGCGCGCUUGGCUACCAAUGGAGAUCUUAGCUUUCUUGACUUGAGGGAUUGCAGAAACCUUGGUGAUGAAGCUCUAAGAGCAAUCGGUACUCUUCCCAAGUUGAAGACAUUACUUAUAGAUGGUUGUGAUAUAAGUGAUAUAGGAUUGUCCUACUUAGGCAGGGGUUCAACGAAUUCUCUUGUUUCCUUGUCUGUGAGAGGGUGUAAACGACUUACUGACAGAUGCAUUUGUUCCCUGUUUAAUGGCUCUUCUAAUAAGGAAAUUAGAGAAUUGGACCUGUCAAAUCUUCCUAACAUCUCUGAUGCUGCUGUGCUUCUGCUUGCAAAAACUCGUAUUCCAAUAUUUGAGCUCCGAAUGAGACGAUGUCCUCUCAUAGGUGAUACUUCUGUCAUGGCAUUAGCCUCUAUGCAGAUUGACGAGACUGUGUGGCACGGCAAUCGCUUGAGAUUGUUGGAUCUUUAUAACUGUGGGGGUAUCACUCAGCUUGCAUUUCGGUGGUUCAAGAAGCCUUAUUUCCCAAGAUUGAGAUGGUUGGGAGUAACUGGAUCUGUGAAUAGAGACUUGGUUGAUGCUUUAGCAAGAAGUAGACCAUUCUUGCACGUUGCUUGCCGUGGUGAGGAGCUUGGUACAGACCAAUGGGAUGAUUUGGAUGAUAUUUACAUGCAAGACGAGGAAGUUGAUUUUUUUGAACAGUGGCUUCUUGGAGCAGAAAGUGAGAGAGAUGAUGAAAUGGAAGAUGAUGUGGGCCUUGCAGAGCUGUUGGAGUGA